AUGGCACAACCGAAUCGCGAGGAGCGUGGCAAGCUUUAUCGAGGAAAUUGGGAUGCAUUGAAUUUCGACCGACGUGCCCCCGAAUUCUUCUGGGAGAUUUUCUGCGCUCAAUGCGACAAAGCAAUUACAAGAGAUUACAUUAUUGAGUCGCCGACGAAUCCAGCGACGAAGCCGGCCGAGUGCUCGCUGGGCUGGUACUACGAUAGACGCUUCAACAGCUGCUACAAGGUGGUGACCCCAAAUAGCAGUAUUCUGGACUUCAACAGUGCAAACGAGGUCUGCCAGAACGCCAGCGCACAGCUAGCAUCGAUACACUCGGCAGAGGAGAAUGAGCUGAUUGUUGCUCUCGCCAGCGAUCUUUCCCUUACGGUAUCGGUCAUUAGCUACCAAACUUUGCUUGGAGCACGACGAGUCGACAAUACCUGGACAUGGACUGAUGGGACUCCGUUCGACUACAAUAACAUUCUCACCGAUGCCGAUUAUAAUUAUAUACCGUGCCUUCAACUCUGGGCGACGAACACAACGGUCAUUUGCUUCACCCAUUACAGCGCUCUAAACACAUUAUUG